AUGUUAGAAAAAAAGUUUGCUGACAUUGACAAGAAAUUUGAGAAUGUUUUAAACAAGAACAAGAGGAAGUUAGAAAAUGCUCAGAUAAAACCCAUACAUGACAAGUUCUUAUUUGCUCAGAAUGGUAUAACAGGUCUAAUUGCACCACCUGGGUCGGGUAAGACUUUCACUUAUCUUAAAAUGGCUGCACAACAACAAGAACUAGAUGAGAAGAACCCAUUCUAUGAGUUAGUUGUCAUUUGUAGUACUUCUGGUCAAUUUGACCAAACCGUCAAUUCGUUCAAAGAUAUUAUAAAGAAGUCUAAGUUAGUAUGUAUAAAAGACUCUGAGUUGUUAGAUUGGAUAAAGAAGUACCAAAGAAGAGUUUUGAAGUAUAAUGCUAUAAAUGAGUAUAUAAAUUCUAAGUUUAAAGACCCUAAUGAGGAAAUGCAGAGAAUAUUAGAGAAGAAACACUUCAGAAACAAACAGAAAGAGAUAGAAUACAUUUCGAAGAAAUUGCAAUCUUACGAUUGGAAGACUUACCCUCAUAGAUGUCUUCUUAUCUUAGAUGACUUUGCUUCUCAUCCUUUGUUAAAGAACAGAGAACAAGACAU